AUGGGUGAGGAGCAGUGGCAGGAAGCAGGCUGCGCCCCGAUCUCAGGGCUGCCAGGGCUUGGCGGUUCGCGGGCCGCGGCGCUAAUGGCUGCAGCCAGCGUGACCCCUCCCGGCUCCCUCGACCUGCUGCAGCCCGGCUUCUCAAAGGCCCUCCUGGGGACCAGGCUGGAGGACAAGUACCUGUGCUCGGCCUGCAAGAACGUCCUGCGCAGGCCCUUCCAGGCGCAGUGCGGCCACCGCUACUGCUCCUGCUGCCUGACCAGCAUCCUGAGCUGCAGGGACGCUCUCCCCCAGGCCUUCCCAGACAAUGCCGCCCGCAGGGAGGUGGAGAGCCUGCCAGCCGUCUGUCCCAGCGACGGCUGCACCUGGAAGGGGACCCUGAAAGAAUACGAGAGCUGCCACGAGGGCCACUGCCCAUUCAUGCUGACCGAGUGCCCAGCGUGCAAGGGCCUGGUCCGUCUUGGCGAGAAGGAGCAGCACCUGGAGCACGAGUGUCCGGAGAGGAGCCUCACCUGCAGGCACUGCAGGGCGCCCUGCUGCUCGGCCGACGUGAGGGCUCACCACCAGGUCUGCCCCAAGUUCCCCUUGACCUGCGAUGGCUGCGGCAAGAAGAAGAUCUUGCGUGAGAGAUUUCAGGACCACGUCAGGACAUGUGGCAAAUGCCGAGUCCCGUGCAGAUUCCACGCUGUUGGCUGCCCCGAGAUGGUGGAGGGCGAACAGCAGCAGGAGCAUGAGGCGCAGCAUCUCCGCGAGCACCUGUCCAUGCUGCUGGGCGCCCUCCUGGAGGCCGGGCCCCGCCCCGGAAACGGCCGCCCCCUCCUCGGCCAGGGCGAGCAGGGUGGCUGGGACGCCAUCACGCUGGGCCCGGGGAUGGGGCUCUCCGCGGCCGCAGAGCUACUGCAGAGGUGCGAGGCCCUGGAGCGUAAGACGGCUACCUUUGAGAACAUCGUCUGCGUGCUGAACCGGGAGGUGGAGAGGGUGGCCGUGACCGCUGAGGCCUGUGGUCGGCAGCACCGGCUGGACCAGGACCGGAUCGAAGCCCUGAGUAACAAGGUGCAGCAGCUCGAGAGGAGCAUUGGCCUGAAGGACCUGGCGAUGGCCGACCUGGAGCAGAAGGUCCACGAGAUGGAGGCAUCCACCUUCGAUGGAGUGUUCAUCUGGAAGAUCUCUGACUUCGCCAGGAAGCGCCAGGAAGCUGUGGCGGGCCGCACGCCUGCUAUCUUCUCCCCAGCCUUCUACACGAGCAGGUACGGCUACAAGAUGUGCUUGCGCGCCUACCUGAACGGGGACGGCACGGGGCGCGGGACGCACCUGUCUCUCUUCUUCGUGCUGAUGAAGGGCCCCAACGACGCUCUCCUGCGGUGGCCCUUCAACCAGAAGGUGACUCUGAUGCUGCUCGACCAGAACAACCGGGAGCACGUGAUCGAUGCCUUCAGGCCCGACGUGACCUCGUCCUCUUUCCAGAGGCCGGUCAGUGACAUGAACAUCGCCAGCGGCUGCCCGCUCUUCUGCCCCAUCUCCAAGAUGGAGGCCAAGAGCUCCUACGUGCGUGACGACGCCAUCUUCAUCAAGGCCAUCGUGGACCUGACGGGGCUGUAGCCACUUCCCCUGCUCGGGGGCCAUGGCUCAGGAAGGGGCCAGUGCACUGGGCCCGCGCCUCGCUGCGGGCGGGCGGGCGCCCGCCGAGUUCAUGU